GCUGUGUUCGGCAUGUUCUGUGACUUUUUCGACUCAUGAAGAUGACGUCAGACUGACAACACCUAGUCGCCGCCAUCGGUUAAAGCUGCAAACUGCUGUGAUGGCUUCAGAAGAAGAAGUUAGUCUUCUGGUCAUCGUAUUGGACGUUAAUCCAAUAUGGUGGGGACAGCAAGCGCAACGGGAACCAGAGUUCACCCUGUCAAAAUGCCUGGAUGCUGUGAUGGUCAUGGCUAACUCCCACUUGAUCAUGACCAGGACCAACAAACUGGCCAUCAUUGCAAGCACCUGUCAGGAGAGUCAUUUCCUGUUUCCCAGUAAGAACUGGGAUGACGCAACAGCAACCAGUGGCGAUGGCAAAUACGAGCUCCUAUCAGUCGCGAAUGACCUCGUCGCUGAGGAGAUAAAGGGCCUCAUGGCACGAACGGAGGUGAAGGGUAACCAGACAGACACGCUGUUGGCUGGAGGACUUGCCAAGGCCCUGUGCUACAUACACCGUAUCUCUAAACAACUGGAUGCUGGCCAGGACAUGAAGUCAAGAAUACUUGUGAUCAAAGCAGCGGAAGACUGUGCUCUGCAGUACAUGAAUUUCAUGAAUGUAAUCUUCGCGGCUCAGAAACAGAGUGUCCUUAUAGAUGCUUGUGUGCUAGACUCCGAAUCAGGUCUCCUACAACAGGCUUGUGACAUAACUGGGGGGUUGUAUCUCAAAGUACCACAGAAGGUCGCCCUCACACAGUAUUUACUGUGGGUGUUCCUGCCCGACUCUGAACAGCGCUCCCAGCUGGUCCUGCCCCCUCCGGUCCACGUGGACUACAGGGCUGCCUGCUUCUGCCACCGCAACCUCAUCGAGAUCGGCUACGUCUGCUCCGUCUGCCUGUCCAUAUUCUGCAACUUCAGCCCGAUCUGCACAACAUGCGAAACUGCCUUUAAGAUCCAGCUGCCCCAUAUGGUGAAGGCCAAGAAGAAGAAGGUUAGGCCCGUGACGUGACGUGACUCCAUGCGGCCACCUUUCUGGUGUUCCCACCAAAGGACCUUUUCUUGUAAUUCCAAUGCCCCAACACCCGAUGGCUCUCAGUGUAGGAGGCCAAUAUUCCUGAAACGGUUUAAAGGUGUUGUCAUGGACUAUUUAAAAUGACUCAGCCAGCUAAGAGGGGUUGGAUAAUGUUUUCUAUUUUUACUGUACUACCCACUCCUUAGUUAAACUGAACUGAAAGUAUGCCUGUACACACUCACUCACACACACACACAAACACACAAACACACACAGCAAAUAGGCCAUUUGGUCAUAUUUUUAAGUCUGUCUACAUGCUUGAGCAAUGGGGAAGUAAUAACUGCCACGUGUCAAGAGGAAACCUUCACUGGAUUCUUUUUCCUGUUGUUGUUGUUGUUGUCAAGAUACUUGACGACCUCGUUUUACGAGCACGCCUCCCCCUGGCAGAUCAGAUUGCGGCCCGAGAGCUGAUCUACUUUCUCCGCUUGCCAGUAUGCUGUAAACGAUCGGUCCAGACGGGGCAUUUAUUACGACACAUGUCGGUCGUAAUCUGUAAGCUCUGUUGGGGGAAAUGAUUUGUUUGUUCAUGUCUGGUCAUUUGUAUUUUAGUUGUCAUUGAUCAUUCUCAUUUUGUACAAAAAAAUAAAUAAAA